AUGACUCCUUAUAAUCUUAACACGGAUGGCUCAUUCCUGGAAAACCCUGGAAAGGAUGGGAUUGGAGGUGCAAUAAGAAAUGAGGGUGGAGGGUGGAUAUUGGGAUUCGCCAAGCACUACCUCACUGCUAUCAACAAUCAAAUAGAACUUCUUGCAUUAAUUGAGGGACUAAAACUUGCUAAAGAUAACAAUCUCUUUCCUUUAGAAAUUAAUACCAAUUCAAGAUCAAGAAUAAGAAGACAAGGAGGCCCACGGCUCAUCCACUUCUAUAAGGUGCAAAAUGGCAUGACAGAUGCAAUAGAAAAACUUAGUGCACUAACAGUUAACUUGAAGGAAGUACCAAUUUUUGAAGUUCCACCAAUGUGUGCCCCGGAUACAGUUUGA